AUGCCUUCUCUUCCAACAUAUUUGCAUCCGUCUGUUGUCAUUAAUCCGCCUCCGGCUACUUCCAUUCCUGAUCAUGCAGAUCCUUCUUCCCCAGUUAAGACUUCACAGCCUCCAGAUACCUCAGUUUUUGAUGGCACGGGUCCUUCUGAAAUGCUCGUCUCACCUAUGAGAAAGGGCCAUAGACAUCGCAGAUCUCAAGCGAUUUCUGGUGACUUUGAUUUCCUUUCUCAAAUUAAUCAGAAUCCUCUCUUUCCUCCUCCAGGACCAAACUCCCCAACAAGAAAUUCAUACUGUGGUUCCCCGUCAUCUCCAACACCUUCUUACCUCCCUCCACGAUUGCAUUCUCGUUCUCAGUCGGCGCUGUUGGGCUACAAUGCUCCACAAAUAAAGCCAAGACCAGUUUCUUGCUACACCCCUUCAAAAUCUGUCCAUAAUAGCAACUACGACAAUGAGGAUAUACCAAAGUUACUGGAUUCUACUUUCAACCAGUCGAUCCCCCAUAAUAAUAAUAAUAAUAAUAACGUUAUUGGGUUUGAAAAUACAUCGGAAUCAACCUCUAAUAAACUAAAGGAAAGGUCAGGUUUCUUAUUACUUGAUAUUCCUCCUCAAACGGCUGAAGCAAUGUCACGAAACUUUGACGUUGAUGUAAAUGGAAAGAUUGAGACCAUGAGUGUCUCCGAGUCCGAUAACGCUGGUUGGUUCUCUUUCCCUCCUCCACCUAUUCUGCACUCUCCCAGAAAGACAGCAGAAACUAGCCAGCCUGUAACUCCCAAGCUGUCUUCAUCAUCUUUUUAUCCACCACAACGAAACACGUCCCAAGAUAUGGGAUCGGGAUCGACACCAUCGACGUCGCAUUUUGCAUCCGGGUCACUUAACGGGUCACCCUAUUACUAUUCUUCACCUCGAGACCUUCGUUCCCCUUUUCAUAAAAAGGCACUUUCCGCUUCAUAUAAUGAGGUACCAGAUCCUAUAAUUGAUUUGAAUGAUAUUCUCGUGGCAGCUGCAUCUGGAUCUGGUUCUCAAGCUAAGUCACCGCUGAACACCACAUCGACACCAGUUUCACCUGCUCGUGGAUUGCGGUCUUCUCAUAGUACUUUCUUACAUCGUCGUACUGAGCUGUUACCUCCUACAUUAGAGUCGUUGUUACAAUCACCUUUUGCACGUAAUUACAGUAGCGUUGGAGGAGCUUCCAGUAGCUUGCUUCAUAAUGGUGUUACAUAUCCAGAACAAGCUAUUGAGGAAGAAGAAGAUACUGACUUUGAAGAAGAAAAUCAUGUCAAUUCUACGCCCAAUAUUAAUCAGCAGAGUGAAGAACUUGAACAAGAAGUUCAGGUAUCACAGAAAACAGAACCAUAUGCGAAUGGACUUGAAAUAGUUGGUGUACAUGUUGAUGAUGAUGAAGAUGAUGAAGAGGAAGAUGAAGAUGAAGAUGAAGAUGAAGAAGAUGUUGAUGUUGAUGAUAAUGAAAACGCGACACUGGUUGUCUCUCAAGAUUCAUUGCAACCUCCCAGAGGUUUGAGUUCUCGCAGAAGUGAUGAGUUUGACAAUCUUUAUCCAACUCUGGCUAACUCAUCGUCGACAUCUUUACCCAAUUCAAAGCCUCCUCCAAUAGAGAAAACCUUUUCAAAUACUUCUAAUGCUUCAUUGAGUUCGAAAAGGUCACAGGCAAGAGCUACAAGGUACCAAUCGUUUUAUGAUCAAUCUUUCAAGAUUUCAAAUGCAUUGAAACUCAACUAUUCUUCCGAUAGCUUAUCGCAUUCAUCAAGUUUGUCUUCACUUCGGAACAAAUAUAGCCAACAACAACUCAUUCCUCAAAAUUCACUGCAGUCUCUUUUGCCUACGUCCAAGCCUUUAUCUCCAGCGCAACCACCUUUUCCAAUUGGACAACACUCCCGGGAUGCUUCGUCAUCACAAACUUCCAUUAAUUCAGAGUCGUCCUUUUCAGUACAGACUCCGAUUAUAUACCAAAGUGGAACGUUUGGAGGCAUCUCUACAUCACCUUCUUUAAAUGCUCUGAAUGCUCCUCCAUGCAAUCCAGCUUCAAUCUUUGUCGCCAUACCUUUACAACAACGGCUGUCACUGCCCAGAAUGAAUGAGUACAAAAGGGCCAUCAAGCCUAAGACCACCAGUCUUAAUGCUAAUUCUACAAUGACAACUAAAACAUUACCCAAAGAUAUUAGUGUUUGUAAUUCUCCAUCAUCCAGCAACCACAGCACUACAUUGGUAACUCAGGAAUCAAGUUCACCAUCAUUAUCGAUUACUUCACCACCCAUAACCAUUACAUCUCACACUUCUAGUCCACCCAAGACACAGCAGACGAAACCCAAGCCUAUUGACGUUUCCCAGACAUCCCCAACAGAUACACGUUUGUCUACCGUUGCACAUGAUAGCAACCUCAAAAAGUCACAUGUUGAUGUUUCCUCCAGGAGAUCGUUGGCUCAUAAUUCUAAUAAUACUACUACUACUAAUACGACAAGUACACCAAUAACACCAUCAGAAGGUAUUAGUUCUCGUAAGGUGGCAGAUGUUACUAAUCUUCCCCGGUACAACACAUCAGCCGCACUGGCAUUUAGUUCACGCAGCCAUCGACUUCUGAAAUACGGUGGUGGUGGUAGUGGAAACAACGAUCACAAGAUGAGUGUAGACUCCAGCGCAGGCUCUAUUGCCACACGCACGUCAUCACGAACCUCUAUAGGUGAUAGGUCUAAGCGGAAACAGUUUAUUGACUGGUUGAAACGCAAGUGA